GAGUUAAAGAUGUGAUUGUUUGGGGAAAUAUUACUGGCUCUAACUACAUUGAUUUGUCACAUGCAAAACUUUAUGGAUAUGACUGUGCUAUUUGGGGACCCCCUACUUAUCCACGUUCUUUGUUGAAUAUGAUUCGUGAUAGUGAAUGGAUCCAUUCAGAAAUCCUAUCUGCACAGAGUACACUGAGUUCCCAGGUGUCUCAUUGUACAGGAAUGUUGCCUGCUCAUGCAGUAGCCACUGUACUGCAGUACUGGUACCAUGACUCUCCUUCUGAUGAGAUCGUUUCUGUGGGAAUACUUAGUGAAGGUCAGUUUUGCAUUCCUGAAGAAAUUAUCUUCUCUAUGCCAGUGAGGUUCCAGAAUGGUAACUGGGAAGUCAUCACAGAAUUAGAAAUUAAUGAAACGACCCAAAAAGUUCUAGAACGUUUAUCCCACGAGCUGGUUCAGGAAAAGCUCGUUGCACUAAAGGAAAUAGAAGAAAUGCGUCCAUAUGAAGCAGAAUAAAAUCUCCACAUCUCCCAAGUGUUUCUGUGCUGCUUUUCCUAUUUAACUUGCUUUUCAAGUUCUCUGCCCUCAUUCAUCAGAAUAAGAACAGAUGAACAUGGAAGCAUGUUUUAGUUUUGUUUUUUCACUUUUUCUCUAUUCUCAGCUUGUGAAAUUCCUGCACUUUUCCAAUGUCCUUGCCAUUUCUUUUUAUUUUUCAUUCCUGCAGAUCUUUUCCCUAGUUUGUUUUCUUUGUCCCUUCCUUCAAUUUCUUUCCAGUGCUUUUAUAUCAGCCCUUUCUGUACUAUGAGCUGUUUUUCUCUAUUAAGGGCAGGCUGAAGAAUGAGGAAACCAUUUGGACCUUGAUGCCCAGAGCUUCUAGUGAGCUCAUAAGCCUUUUGGCUAUCCAUGCUUGUUUCUUGGGAAAGGACUACAGACACAAUAAGAUAUUCUUGAUGAAUGCAGAAUUUAAUUAUUCAGCUAAUCAUGACCUUGUUUAAGCCAGACAGGAUUUUUCCAAUUAGGUAAGAGUGUCCUUCCCUGUCUGCUCUCCACUUGUGUGGAGCUGCUGUUAUGCAGAGCUGUCCCAUUCCUCUUGUGUCAGCAUUAAACACUAAGCAGAGGCUUUCCCACUGCUAGCAGAAUUUUGCUUGGUUGUGUCUUCUCUUGUGAUAUCAGUAUCAGGUGUUCAAGUAUUCCUGAAGUGCCCUGCUUAUCUCCUUGCAUGUGGAAAUGUUUUAGGAGGCUAGCAA